CAUUUGGUAUUGUUAGAGUAAUUUAGCUACUAAGAAGCCUACAAUUUUGCUACUCUUUGGAUCUUGUUAAUAUUUCUACAGUUUAGCUCCUGAGGUAUUUCACUUCAAGCAAUGUGUAAUGGUUUCCCUUAAAAAGAAGAAAAAAAAGGAGCCUGACUACUGAAGGGACAGCACAGCAGGAGACACCAUAAAAUGGAUGCGAACAUGAGCAGCAGUGGCAGCUGUAAUGGUACAUUUUCAAAGGACCUGUUACCUCCCAUCUACGCUGUGGAGAUGUGUGUGGCGCUGGUGGGGAACAUACUGGCAUUGUGGCUGCUUGUGACUAAGGAGAGGAAGAACUGGCACACGGGAGUGGUGUUCUCCUGCAACCUGGUCAUCAGCGACAUCUUUUAUGCCCUCACUCUCCCCCUUCUGAUUGUCUACUAUUCGAAUGGACGGAUAUGGUUAUUUGGUCAAGGCCUCUGCAAAUUAGAGCGCUUCCUCUUCACCUGCAACCUCUAUGUCAGCAUUUACUUCAUCAUGUGCAUCAGUGUUAAUAGAUAUCUGGCCAUCGUUCAUCCCUUCUUCACUCGCAAUCACGUUCGCCCAAAGCAUGCCAAGAUCGCCAGUUUGUUGGUGUGGAUCUUGGUGGUAGGCAUUUCAUCUCCGGUUCUCUACUAUUCAGGUGUCAAGAAAACACGAUGCUCCUUAUUUAAAAAUCCAGAAGAUGAAUUUAAAAAGUUUAGCUACAGGGUUUUUAUGGCUGUUCUAGGCUGCUUGGUCCCAUUUUUGGUUACGUUUGCAUCCUAUUUUGGUGUCAUAUGGGUGGUUUUCAAAAAUGAGAAUAUCACAUCACUGGAGAAGAAAAAAGUGGCUCUGAUGGUGGGUUUAGUCUGCGUCCUGUACUCCAUAUCUUUUGUACCUUAUCACAUUCUGCAAAUAUGGCACUUUAAACUGAAGAUGGUAGAAAAGUCUAAUUAUUAUUUGUGUACUGGAUACCAAGUGUCAAAAGCAUUAGCCUGUGUGAACAUGUGCCUCCAUCCCAUCCUGUAUAUGGCUGUGUUUGACAGUAUCAGGACAAUGUGCUGUAGAAGGAGCUCAAAUGAACCUUAUUAAGCUACUUGUUUUUUUUAUGGACUUUUACCCAAAGUGCAUAAUGAAGGCUGGAUAAAUAAAGUAAUGGAUGUUUAUGUAUUUUCUUUUUAAAUUCAUGUCAGCCUGACGAAGCCAUAAAUGUCAAAUAGUUAUUUGGAUGCCUGGUGUCAUUGUAAAUAUACAGCAUAUACAGUUCAUUGAAAAUAAAUAAGUGACAGAAAACAAGUUCCUUAGUACUGUUAUUGUCAUUAGAAUGAAAUUGUCAUAAAAUUCCCAUAUAUUAAGUCUCUCUCUCUCUCUCUCUCUCUCUCAAAAAAUCCCGAAGUGUAUUGUUUGUCCAGUUUUGGUCAUUAUGAAAUGUUCCAUAUGAAUCCAAUACAUUUUCACAUGGAUACAAUUACCAGCCUUGUUUUCAAACUCACAGAAGCUACAAUGACAUGCAAUAUCCAAUUUUUUCCUCCUCAAUUAUAUUUUGCAAUAUUUUAUGCGAUACUUUGAAGGAAAUUUCAUU